UCUCCUCAUCGGGGUUCCGAGAGUUCAGUUGAAAAUCGAAAGGCCGCAGGCAACGUGCUGCGCUUGUUGUUCGUAGGGAAAAACAAAUUUCUCUAUCGACCGGAGAGAAGCUCUCCGUUCCCGAGAAUUUUCCAAACGGUAACUCCGCGUCGGUCGUCCCGAAAAUUGAUUGAAAAAAAAAAUUCGCCGCGCAUCCGAGGGAGAUGUGGACGUCGGCACAAUAUUGGCCGAUGUUCGCCCUCCUGUUAUUCGGAACGUGUUACCUAUGGAGAAAUACCGCACCGUUUUCGUGGUCGUCCACCGCCGUUUUGGCGAGAGCGUCAUUCGAGGUCGGUUUGUCCCUGCACACCGGGUCUUCGUUGAAAAUUUCCCAGCGAUUCGUCAACAGAACCAUCCGCGCUAAACACGGAAUGAAGAACGUCGUGAAAUCGCCGAAUCGAAAACCGAUUUCCAAAUACAUGCUAAGACUCUAUCACCAUCGUCCCGACGCCGACAUUGUACGCGCCCUUCAACCGGUUCACGUAUCGCGCCCACUUUCGAACUACGCUGGAAGAAUCCUCGAAUUUUCCAUACCGAUAACGCGACCCGGAGAAAUUUUCGAGACGGCUGAGCUCCUCGGAGCCGCAGGGAUGAUCCUCCGGGUUCAUCCGGUCGACGUUUCCCACCCCGUGAAAAACGAAGUCCAGAGACCGAGACGGGACGACGCCUGGCGAGGCUUCAACGUGACGGGUGCGGUUUUGGGUCGGAUCGGCGACGUCGUGCGUCUGAGGGUACGGGGUCGAAUCGAAGGUCGUCACAGGGGCGAGGGGCCGAUCCUGCUGCUCAGCUACAGCAAGCCUAAAAAACGAAAAACGCGGUCAAUCGUCGAGGAAGAACAGGGGGAAGUUACCGGCCAGUGGAAAAACGACGGCGGUCGACGACGCCGUCGAAAUGCUUGUAGAAAACGGUCGCUCUACGUUGACUUUUCAACGAUAUCGUACGACGAGUGGGUCGUGGCGCCGAAGGGCUACGACGCCUUUCAGUGCGUUGGAAAAUGUUUUUAUCCAUUGAGCGAUCAUCUGAGUCCGACGAAACACGCCAUCGUCCAGACUCUUGUUUACACCGCUCUUCAGGCUGCCGAAGAUGCGAAUCCCAACGUGAACGUUAAUAACGGGAACGGGGGAAACCCGAAUGUUAAUUCGAACAGCAAACCUGUAGGCAGGGCCUGUUGCGUACCCACGAGAUUGAGUGCGACCAGUCUCCUUUACAUGGACGCGACUGGGACCCUCACCUACCAGUACGGAUACGAGGACAUGGUGGUCGAAGAAUGUGGCUGCAGAUAGGGGGAUGAUUUUGUGCAG